AUGGCUACCAACAGCAUCAAGUUACUGACCGGCAACAGCUAUCCUGAGCUCGCCGCUCUUGUGGCUGAUCGACUCGGAAUCGAGCUCACCAAGAUUCUCGUGCUUCAAUACUCAAACCAGGAGACUUCCGUGACUAUCGGCGAGUCCGUCCGAGACGAAGAUGUUUUCAUUCUGCAAUCUACACCACCAGGCGACAUCAACGAUGCGCUCAUGGAGCUGCUGAUCAUGAUUAAUGCGUGCAAAACGGCUUCCGCCCGCCGCAUUACUGCUGUAAUCCCAAACUUCCCUUAUGCCCGCCAGGAUAAGAAGGACAAGUCUCGCGCGCCAAUCACAGCAAAACUUAUGGCAAACAUGCUUCAAACUGCCGGUUGCAACCACGUCAUCACAAUGGACCUCCACGCCAGCCAAAUUCAGGGCUUCUUCAAUGUGCCCGUAGACAAUCUCUACGCUGAACCGAGCACUCUUAGGUGGAUUCGCGAGAACCUGGACGUCAAGGACUGCGUUAUUGUCAGUCCAGAUGCAGGAGGUGCAAAGAGGGCAACUUCGAUAGCGGAUGGCUUGAACCUUGGCUUUGCCCUUAUCCACAAGGAGCGAACACGCCCGAACGAAGUUUCGCGAAUGGUGCUAGUCGGAGAUGUACGAGGCAAGACGGCCAUCUUGGUCGACGACAUGGCCGACACAUGCGGAACGCUCGUCAAGGCGGCAGAUGUGCUGAUCUCUGAGGGUGCAAAGGAUGCGCUCGCAAUUGUCACACACGGUAUCCUGAGUGGUAACGCCAUCGAAGCCCUCAAUGGCAGUAAACUCAAGAAGAUCGUCGUCACCAAUACCGUACCGCACGAGGACAAGAAAGAGCUGUGCGAUCGCAUUGAGACAAUUGACAUCAGUCCUACUCUUGCCGAAGCCUGUAGGCGUACCCAUAACGGCGAGAGUGUUAGUUUCCUCUUCAAGCACGCGCCUGUCGACUAA